AUGGAGUGGUUAUUUGGUAAAAAGUUAUCCCCUGAGGAAUUAUUAAGGAAGAACCAAAGGUCUUUAAAUAAAGCAAUGAGGGAUUUGGAUAGAGAAAAGAUGAAAAUGGAACAACAAGAAAAGAAAAUUAUCAUGGACAUCAAAAAGUUGGCCAAAGAAGGUCAAAUGGAUGCUGUUAAAAUUAUGGCUAGGGAUUUAGUGAGGACUCGCAGAUAUGAAAAGAAAUUUAUGCUGAUGAAGGCAAAUAUUCAAGCAGUUUCAUUAAAGAUCCAAACUCUAAGAUCACAAAAUGCCAUGGCACAGGCAAUGAGAGGUGUCACAAAAGCAAUGCAAAGUAUGAACAGGCAAUUGAACUUGCCACAAAUUCAGAAGAUUUUACAAGAAUUCGAGAAGCAAUCUGAAAUCAUGGAUAUGAAGGAAGAGAUCAUGAAUGAUGCCAUUGAUGAUGCUAUGGAAGAUGACGCUGAUGAGGAGGAAAGUGAUGCUGUUGUUAAUCAAGUUCUUGAUGAAUUGGGUCUUCAAUUAGGAGAUCAGUUGUCUGGUUUACCACAGACCAGUGGAAAUUUACCAGCAACUGGACAGAAAGUGCCCCAGGCUCAACCAAUUGCAUCUGGAGGUAUUUCAGAUGCUGAUGCAGAUCUGCAGGCCAGAUUGGAUAAUCUAAGAAGGGAAUAAUUGUGAUGCACUUUAUGUUGGCAAAAAGGAGACUGCUUACAAAGCUUAUAGAGUGUUUUUAAGCUGAAGAUGUUAAUUUUUUAUUUCUAUAUAAAUAUUUAACUACUGUUUGCUUAAUUAUAAAAACAAAAACGGAUUACAUGUAAAAGUAUUUCUAGUUAAAAUAUAUACACUAAUUUUUAAUAACAAA